AACAGGCUGGCUGGUGACGAGGGGGCAAAGACCUCAGACAGACGGAGGCCUGAGAGACAAAUACAAGCGAACACAUCAAGGGAAGCAGCUGAGUGACUGGUGGGGGAGGUUAGAGGCACAGACUCACAGGAAGAGGAGAGAGAAACUGAAGUUCUGCUGCAGGUGGAGGUGUGCCACCUUUGAGCUGCCGGAGGAAUCACGCUGAGGUUGAAAAUUAAAGACUCUGACAGAGACCAAGAGGACAGCCAUGUUUUCAGCCAGACCAGAGAUCCAGCCGUGAAAGACAAGAGGCGGUCGCCCCCCUCGGCCAGAUCCCCCUCUGGCCAGCAGCGCAACCCUCACCACAGCGGUUCCACCGACGAGCAGGAGAGCCCCGAGAGAGUGGUGCAGAAGGAGAAGCUCCAUGCAGAGCUGAAGCAGGUAUUGAGUCAGAAGAGAAGUCAUCUACGAGAUUCAACCAGCCAACUGGCUCAACCAGAGAUGGACUCCGAGGCCGCCGAAGAACAGGCGGUAAGCAGCGGCCUGAGUGACGCCGUUGACAGUGAGAUGGAGGGGUCCGAGGCGGUGGAGAUAGUGGUGGAGACGGACGCAGGGGUCGGAGCCAGCGGCUACAGCGUGACAGGCGGAGGAGAGCGAGGGAUCUUCGUGAAAGAUGUCCUCAAAGACUCUCCAGCUGCCAAAAACCUCAGUCUCCAGCAAGGUGAUCAGCUGCUGAGUGCAAAGGUUUACUUUGACAACGUGAAGUACGAAGAUGCUCUGAAGAUCCUUCAGUGUGCGGAGCCGUACAGGAUCAGCUUCCAGCUCAAGCGGACCGUCCAGGGAGCCGAGGUCAGCGUGCGGCCCAGGAUCCCCAGCCUGGAGGCCAAAGGUCCCAGAGCCAAGGUCUCCAAAAUGAGCGUGAAAGGCAGCAAGGCGUUCAAGGCCCAGAAGAGGAGAGGAGGUCGUUUCGGCCUGAAGAGGCUGAAAGAGAAGCACAGAGAGGAGAUGGUGAUCGAGGGAACACCCCCCCGGCUGGAGACGGGGGACGUGGACGUGGAGUUUUCACUCCCGAAGUUCAAACAGAAGAAGGGUGCGAAGGAAGGAGGGACAGCAGCCACUGGGAAGGCGAAGGGGAGGAUCAGAUUCCCUCACAUGAAAACAAAAACCUACACUGGAGCAGAGACUGGGGGAAAAGUGGAAACAGGACAACUCGAGGGACACGUGGAUAUCUCUUCACCUGAAGUACCGGGGGAUAAAUUGAAAGCCAAAGGGAAAGGACACAAGUUUGGGAUCGCGUUUCCUAAGGCUAAAUACACAAAGUCAGGUCCCGCCUCUCAUACUGGAUCUGUGGAGCCGAAGCCUCCAAGAGUCGGCAUCCAGGCACCAUCGGCGGAGUUCAGUUUGUCUGGUGAUAAAGAUGUGGAUGUGGAGAAGGCCAAGUUCAAAACACCUGAUGUAGAGUUUGCACUCCCUUUAGGAAAAGGUGAUGCAUCCUCUCCCUCUGUGAAGGCAGAAAUCAAAGCUCCUAAUGUGAACAUAAAAGGAGGAGCCGAUGAAGCCGAGGGGAAAGUUAAUGUAGACGUGGGCAAAGGGGAUGCCAAGCUCAGGAUGCCAAAGCUGAAACUACCCAAAGUUAGACUCUCACGCCACUCGGAUGAGAUUGAUGGUGACAUCAAGGUAAAAGCUGAGGGGAUGAAACUGCCUGACGUUGAUAUAAACUCUCCGAACAUAGAAAUAGGAGUAGAUGAGAAGAUUAGUCUUCCCGAAGCCCAUAUCAGUAACCCAAAAAUUCAAGGCAACCUCUCAGGAAAAGGGGGGUCCAUUCAAAUUCCCUCUGCUGAUAUAUCUUUACCAAAUUUGAAGGGAAAGUCUGACGUCUCACUCCCUGAAUGCAAGGGAGGAGUGAAGACAGGAGUCAAAAUGCCGACCAUUGACGUCUCUGCGCCUGAUAUUGAUUUGGAGUUCAAUGCAGGAAAGAGAAUACCAGACGAAGUGGAAGGCACUUUUAAAGGGCCCAAAGUUUCGAUGCCAAAGGUUGACAUCUCUUUACCAAAGAUGGGCUCUCCUGGUGUGGAUAUUGAAUGUCCAAAGGGUGGAGCAACAUUCAGUCCACCUACUGUUGACAUUUCUCUCCCAAAGGUGAAGUCAGAGAGCGGAGAUGUGGACAUGGACUAUUACGUUGGAGGGGAUGGCAUGUUCAAAAUGCCAGAUUUUGAUAUAACUAUGCCAAAAAUUAAGCCAUCAGAACAGGAACUGGAAGGAGGUUUCAAGUUACCCAAAGUAGACCUGAUCCUCCCCAAAGGCAAAGCGGGACCAGGUGAUGAUGCGACAGGAGGAGCAGUUCGGUUACCAUCAUUUGGCAUCUCACUCCCUAAAAUGAAGACUGGCGAAUUGGAGGUCAUCACCGAAGGUCCUGAAGUGAAAGGUGAUCAAAUUAAAACGCCUGAAGUUGACAUUUCUCUACCCAAAGGUAAAAUGGAGGGAGAAGUAAAAGUCGACACUGGGAAGGGUGGUAAAUUCAAAAUGCCUUCUUUUGAUGUGUCUCUGCCUAAGUUGAAACAACCAGAGGGUCAUAUAGAGGGCCCCGAGCUUGAGGGUGGAGCUGACCUCCGACCUAUAUCUCUGCCCGGAGGAAAGACAGAAGGUGACAUCGAAAUAGAUGGUCCAACUGUGAAGGGAGGGAAGUUCAAAAUGCCUUCGCUCAAUAUCAGAUUGCCCAAAAUGGGCUCAUCCGGAGCUGACUUAGAAAAACCUGAGAUUAAAGGAGGGAAAAUUGAUGUGCCAUCAGCAGACAUUUCUUUAACGAAACCCAAGGGUGAGAUUGAGCUUGACGGGAAAGUAAAAGGAAGCAAAUUCACCCUUCCCUCUGUAGACAUUUCCCCACCAAAAAUGAAGCUCCCUGAAGGAGACAUAACGCUUGAGGGCCCUGAACUGCCAAAUGUUGACUUCUCACUUCCAAGUUCAAACAACGAGGGCAACAUGAAGCUUAAAGGAAGUGGCGAUGGGAAAUUUAAGAUGCCAUCAUUAGACAUUUCUCUUCCUGCUAUGAAAUCCCCUGAUGGGGAAGUUACAAUUGAAGGUCAACAGGAAGGUGAUUUGAACUUUGAAGGUCCUGAUAUUAAGGUUAAAUCACCAGAGGCAAACAUAGAUUUAAAAGGAGCUGAGAUUAAAGGAGGGAGAAUUAACGUGCCUACAAUUGACUUCUCACUUCCCAAAGGUAAAGCAGAGGGAAAGAAAGAUAUUGAAGGACCCUCAGGCAAAGGAAGCAAGUUCAAGAUGCCUUCAUGUGAUGUAUCCCUUCCAAAGAUGGCGCUUGAGGGAAAUAUCGAGGGAACCUCAGUUGAUGUCUCACUUCCAAAAGGAAAAGCAGAGGUGGACGUAGAGACUAAAAGUAAAAAAGGGCAUUUUCAUCUACCUUCAUUUGAUUUUUCUAAAGUAAAAUCAAAGCGAGGUAACGUCAAUAUCAAAGGGCCAGAAAUUAAAGGUGGGGGAAUAAAAGCGCCAACUGUUGAAAUCUCACCCCCUCAAGGGACAUUUGAAAGAGAUAUCAAUCUGGGAGGUGUACGAAAAGGAGGUGAAUUCAGUCUGCCGUCUGUAGACAUCAGUCCACCUGGGGUCAAAUUCCCAGAAGGAGAUGUGAAUUUUCAAGGUCCAAAAGUCAAAGGUGGGAAGUUUGAAAUGCCGAAAAUUGACCUCUCAUUUGCUAAAGGAAACACAAAGGGAGACAUUGAUAUUGACAUCCACCCUAGAAAAGAUGGGAAUAUUGAAAUACCGUCCUAUGAUAUCGGACUUCCUAAAGGCCAAGUCAAAGCUGGCCUCAAUGUUGAAGGUCCUGAAGGAAAAAUGGGAAAAUUCAAAACACCCAAAAUGGAUAUCUCACUUCCAAAAUUGAACCUGCCAGAGGGUGACAUCAGUGUUGAAGGACGUGAAAUUAAAGGGAAAGUGGAAAUGCCAACUGCUGAUAUUUCACUUCCUAAAGGAAAAAUUGAUGGAGAUGUUGACAUUGGAAGUCACCAAAUGAAAGGAGCAAAAUUUAACAUGCCUUCAAUUGACUUAAAUCUCCCUAAGAUGAAAUCUAAGGACAUGACUGUUGACAUUAAAAAACCUGAAGGCCAAGGGGUGAAAUUUGACGUGCCGUCAUUGGAUGUUUCAGCACCUCAGAUAAAAUCUCCUGAGGGAAAUAUCAGCUUCCAGGGUCCAGAUGUGAAAGGACAACAAAUAAAUAUGCCAGGUGUUGACAUUUCACUUCCAAAAGCAAAAGGUGAUGUUGGCAUCUCUCUUGAAGGUCCUGAAGGGAAAAGUGGGAAAAUGAAAAUGCCAAAAUUUGACAUUUCAUUGCCACGGGUGAACUUUCCUGAUGCUGAUGUCAAAUUAAAGGGACCUGAGAUGAAAGGCAGGAAAAUUGAGAUGCCAGACAUUGAUAUUUCAGCCACAAAAGGAAAGGCUGAGGGUGAAAUUGAAGUCGAGGGGCAUGGCAGUAAAGGACGAAGGUUCCACAUGCCUUCUGUUGACUUUUCUCUACCUAAAAUGAAAGUUAAGGGACCAGAAGUCAACAUAGAAGGUCCUGAACUUAAAGAAGGAAAAAUCAACGUGCCAGAUGUUGACAUUUCACUUCCCAAAGGAAAGGUUGAUGCAGACCUCAAUGUUGAAGGCCCUGAGAUAAAAGGAGGAAAAUUAAAAAUGCCCAAAUUUGACAUCUCUCUUCCAAAGACAAACCUGCCACAAGGCAAUUUCGAAAAACCAGCGGUUGAUAUUUCACUAGGAAAAGUAAAGGAAGGUGUUGAUGUUGAUGGGAAUAUGGAUAAAGGAGGCAAGUUUCAUUUGCCCUCAUUUGAUAUCUCUCUCCCUAAGAUAAAAUCAAAGGGAGCUGAUAUUAAUAUUGAGGGGCCAGAAAUUAAAGGUGACAUUACAUUACCAGAAAUAAAAGCAGAGGGUGAUCUAAGUCUCAUGGGACCUGAUAUGAAAGCAGGAAAGUGUAACUUACCAUCUGCCGACGUUUCACUCCCCAAAGGAAAUGUUGAAGGUGACUUUGAUGUUGAGGGCCACGGAGUAAAAGGCGGCAAGUUUAAGAUGCCAACAUUUGAUGUCUCAUUGCCUAAAGUGAGUCUUCCACAGAGUGAUGUCAAAGUAAAAAGCCCAGAUAUUAAGGGAGGAAAGAUUGAAAUGCCAGACAUUGACAUAUCCCUCCCUAAAGGAGAUAUUGGAGGACAUCCUAGCAAAGGAAGCAAGUUCCAUAUACCAUCUAUUAACAUUAAUCUUCCAAAAAUGAAAUCCAAAGGAACAGACAUUAAUGUUGAGUGUCCUGAAGUUAAAGGUGGAACAAUAAACAUGCCAUCCCUUGAUGUAUCUCUGCCCAAAGUAAAAUCUCCUGACAUAGAUGUCAGUCUUGAGGGUCCUGAUGUGGAAGGAGGGAAGAUCAAAAUGCCUACUGUUGAUGUUUCAAUUCCCAAAGGAACAGCUGAGGGUGACAUAAAUGUCGAAGGCCCUGAAGUGAAAGGCGGAAAAUUCAAGAUGCCAAAAUUUGAUCUUUCUUUUCCAAAGCCUAGCUUUCCAAAGAUUGAUGCCAAUGUGGAAGGACCAGAUAUGAAAGGAAAAAUUGAAGGACCAACUGUUGAUAUAAAACUCCCAAAAGCAAAGACAGAUAUGGAUAUUGAUGUGGACACUAGUAAAGGAAGCAAAUUUCACAUGCCCUCAUUUGAUAUCUCUCUUCCUAAAAUCAAAGCAAAGGGAGGUGACAUUGACAUUCAUGGACCUGAAUUCAAGGGUGAUGUAUCACUCCCUAAAAUAAAGUCUCCAGAAGUAGAUCUCAACCUCAAGGGCCCUGAGGGUGUGAGUGGAAAUGUUGACUUACCAACCGCUGCUGUUACACUCCCCAAAGGGAACGUUGCAGGCGAUUUUGAAGUGGAGGGCCCUGAGAUUAAGGGUGGCAAAUUUAAAAUGCCCAGAUUUGAUGUGUCUUUACCAAAGAUGAAUCUCCCUGAAGGUGGUGUUAAAUUUAAAGGCCCUGGAAUCAAGACAGGAAAUAUUGAGAUGCCAGAUAUGGAUAUUUCACUCCCUAAAGGAAAAGUGGAGGGUGAUAUUGAAAUUGAAGGACCUGCUGGAAGAGGAAGCAAGUUCCACAUGCCAAAUAUUGACUUUAAUCUCCCUAAAAUGAAAGCAAAGGGACCAGAGAUAAACAUUAAAGGUCCUGCGCUUAAGGGUGGCAAAAUUAACAUGCCUGACAUUGAUCUUGCACUCCCCAAAGGAAAGGUUGAUACUGACCAUAGCAUUGAAAGUCCAGAGGUAAAAGGAGGCAAAUUAAAAAGUCCCAAAGUGGAUGUUUCACUUCCAACAUUGGGUCUAGACGGUGGAGGCAAAGUUGAGGGACCUGGCAUUAAAGGAAAAGUUGAUAUGCCAACCAUUGAUAUCUCACUCCCUGAAGGAAAACCAAAGGCAAAUAUAGAUAUUGAGGGCCACAGUGGUAAGACUGGCAAGUUUCACAUGCCCUCAAUUAAUAUUUCUCUUCCAAAAAUGAAAAGAAAGGAAACUAAUGUUGACAUUGAAGGGCCUGAAUUUAAAGGAGACAUUACACUUCCAGAAGGGAAAUUUGAAGGUGACCUUAAUGUUGAGGGACCUGAGAUAAAAGGGAGUAAAGUUAAGUUGCCUACAUUUAAUGUGUCAUUUCCCAAAAUGAAUCUCCCAGAGGGUGACGUCAAACUGAAAGCCCCAGACAUCAAGAUGCCAGACAUCGAUAUAUCACUCCCCAAAGGAAAGACACAGGGAGACAUUGAAGCUGGAGGACAUCAAGGCAAAGGAGGCAAGUUCCAUAUGCCCUCCUUUGAUAUUAAUCUUCCAAAACUUAAGACUAAAGGAACAGAGAUAAAUGUAAAGAGUCCUGAAAUAAAAGGUGGAAAGGUGGUGCCAUCUCUUGAUGUUUCUGGGCCCAAAGUUGAAACCCCUGACAUAAAUGUCAGUCUCAGUGGUCCUGAUGUGGAAAAGGGGAAGAUCAAAAUACCCACCGUUGAUGUCUCAAUUCCUAAAGGAAAUAUUGAGGGUGACCUUGAUUUGGAAGGUCCUGAAAUGAAGAGCGGAAAGUUUAAAAUGCCAAAAUUUGAUAUGUCUUUACCAAAGGUUAGUCUCCCAAAGUUCGAUGUGAAUCUCGAAGGACCUGAUUUGAAAGGAAAAAUGGAAAUGCCCAAAGCUGAUGUUUCACUCCCAAAGACAGGUGUGGAUAUUGAUGUGGGCACUGGUAAAGGAAGCAGGUUUCACAUGCCCUCAGUUGAUAUCACGCUUCCUAAAAUCAAGACAAAAGGAGUCGAUGUUAACAUUCAGGGACCUGAAGUCAAGGGUGACCUGUCACUGCCUAAAACAAAGUCACCAGAAGUAGACAUUAGUUUAAAAAGUCCUGAGAUGAAGAGUGGAAAUGUUGACUUGCCAACGGUUGAGAUAUCUCUCCCCAAAGGAAAAGUUGAGGGGGACAUUGAUGUGGAGGGCCCUGAGGGAAAGAGUGCUAAAUAUAAGUUGCCAAAAUUUGACAUGUCCUUACCAAAGAUGAGCCUCCCAGAAGGUGACAUCAAAAUGAAAGGACCAGACUUUAAGGUAGGUAAGAUUGAGAUGCCAGAUAUUGAUAUAACACUACCCAAAGGAAAAGUACAAGGAGACUUUGAAAUUGAAGGACAUUCUAGUAAAGGAGGCAAGUUCCAUAUGCCAACCUUUGACAUUACUCUUCCAAAAAUGAAGACUAAAGGACCAGAGAUAAAUGUCAAGGCUCCUGAAUUCAAUGGAGGAAAAAUGGAUAUGCCAUCUCUUGAUGUUUCUGGGCCCAAAAUCAAAUCUCCUGACAUAGACGUCAGUCUCAAGGGUCCUGACAUGGAGGGAGGGAAGAUCAAAGUGCCGACUGCUGAUGUUUCAAUUCCUAAAGGAAAUAUUGAGGGUGACCUUAAUUUGGAAUGUCCUGAGAUGAAGAGUGGAAAGUUUAAAAUGCCAAAAUUUGAUAUGUCCUUACCAAAGGUUAGUCUCCCAAAGUUCGAUGUGAAUCUGGAAGGACCUGAUAUGAAAGGAAAAACUGAAAUGCCCAAAGCUGAUGUUUCACUCCCAAAAGCAAAGACAGAUGUGGAUAUUAAUGUGGGGUCAGGUAAAGGAAGCAGGUUUCACAUGCCUUCAGUUGACUUCUCACUACCUAAAAUCAAAGCAAAGGGAGUUGAUGUUGACAUUCAAGGACCUGAAGUCAAGGGUGAUGUGUCACUCCCUAAAAUGAAGUCUCCAGAAGUAGACAUCAACUUCAAGGCCCCUGAGGGUGUGAGUGGAAAUGUUGACUUACCAACCGCUGCUGUUACACUCCCCAAAGGGAAUGUUGCGGGCGAUUUUGAAGUGGAGGGCCCUGAGAUUAAGGGUGGCAAAUUUAAAAUGCCCAGAUUUGAUGUGUCUUUACCAAAGAUGAAUCUCCCUGAAGGUGGUGUCAAAUUUAAAGGCCCUGGAAUCAAGACAGGAAAUAUUGAGAUGCCAGAUAUGGAUAUUUCACUCCCCAAAGGAAAAGCCGACAUUGAAGUGGAAGGCCCUGAGAUGAAGGGUGAUAAAUUUAAAAUGCCAAAAUUUGAUAUUUCCUUACCAAAGAUGAGUCUUCCAGAAGGUGACAUCAAAAUUAAAAGUCCAGACUUCAAAGGAGGCAAGAUUGAGAUGCCAGACAUUGAUAUAUCUCUCCCCAAAGGAAAAACCCAAGGAGACAUAGACUUUGAAGGGCAUGCUGGAAAAGGAGGCAAGUUUCAUAUGCCAUCCAUCUCUCUUCCUCAUAUGAAGGCAAAAGGACCAGAUGUGAGCAUAGAAGGUCCUGAACUUAAAGGUGGAAAAAUCAGCAUCCCAACUACAGACUUGUCACUGCCUGGUGGAAAAGCCCAAGCUGACCUCGAUAUCGAGGGUCCAGAUAUGAAAGGAGGUAAAUUCAAAAUGCCUAAAGUCGGUAUUUCAAUUCCAAAGAUGAAUCUGCCAGAAGGUGAUGUCACUCUGGAAGGACCAGAGAUGAGGAAAGGAAAGAUCACAGGACCAGCUGUUGACAUUUCACUACCAGAGGGAAAGGUUGAGGGAGAUAUCAAUAUUGAAGGCCCAUCUGGAAAGGGAAAAUUCAAAACGCCUAAUGUUCAAGUUGAAAAACAAGGUGGGGGGCUCCAUAUGCCAAAUCUUGACAUAAAUCUUCCCAAAUUUGAUCUAAACCUUGGCCUUCCCUCUGCACGGAAAGACAAAGGCCUUAAGGUGGACAUAAGUGGCCCUGAUGUAUCAAGUGAUUUGGAGAUGUCAGGUCCCAAAGGACAUAUCACAGCCCCUAAGCUGAGUAUUGAGGGUGCAAACAUUGAAACAGGUGAUAUAGAAGAUCCAGGUGCAUCCCUCAAACUUCCCACACUCAAACUACCGACGGUUGACAUCUCAGCUCCAAAGGUUGAUCUCGACUUUGGCCUUACCAAACCUAAAGGUGACGAUGUGGAAAUGGAGCUUCUGAAAGCAGAAGGAGGUAGGCCUUCUUCGGGGGGAAGCUUUGAUCUCCCUGACAUUUCUCUCAAAGUCCCUAGUUUCACUCUUCCAAGGUUUGGUGGAAAGUCAAAGAGUGGUGAUUUGGCAAUAUCAGGAAACAAGCCAGACACUUCCCUUAAUCCACCACAUGUAGAAGGAGAAAUCAGGGCACCAUCAGUGGAGUUUGAUGGAGAUGGGAAAGUCAAGGUAAAGAAACCAAAACUCAAAUUCCCUUCGUUUGGAAUGUCCAAAAAGGAUGCAGAUGUAUCGCUGUCUUGCCCCGAUGUUGAUGUAAAAGGGAAAAAGGGGAAAACUGGAGCAUCAGAUUUCAAAGCUGAGACUCCCGACAACAAGACAAAAUACAAAAUCAAAUUCCCCAAGUUUAAAAUGUCCUCACCGAAAGUUCAACUCCCUGAGGGAGAGGUUGGUGCUAAGGCAGAUGUACACGGUAAAGGUGGAUUUCAUGCACCUGAUGUCAAACUUCCAAAGUUCUCCAUGCCAGGAUUUGGCUUUAAAGAAAAAGAUUUAGGUAAGCCAAGUGGUGAACUCGAAGCUAAGGCCAAAGUCAAGAUGCCUUCUAUUGAACUAUCACUACCAGCAGCUAAAACACCAGAGACGGAGGUUCUUAUUCCAAAAGCAGAAGUUGAUGUUUCAGAGGCUGAUAUUAAAGGUUAUGAAGGAAACCUUAAAAUCCCCAAGGUGCCAACAAUCGAUGUUUCCAUCCCCAAAAUAGACUUGGAUGUAUCCUUGCCAAAAGGAAAGUCCCAAAAGAUGGAGGUACCAGAUGUGGAGCUAAAAGGAGGAGAAGGAAAAUUCAAAAUGCCUCAAAUAACAAUGCCAUCAAUAGAUGUGACCCUUCCUAAAGGAAAAUCUAAGGAUCUUCAUGCCCCAGAUGUAGAAGUAGAAGGAGGCCAAUUUAAAAUGCCUUAUGUCAAGAUGCCUUCAGUUGAUAUAACUUUACCAAAAACAAAAACUGGACAAACUGAUCCUCCAGAUGUUGGUGUAAAAGUAGAGGGGGGAAAAUUCACAAUGCCCAGCAUCAAAAUGCCAAAUAUUGGCAUUUCUAAAGAAAAGAAAUUAGAAGGGCCAGAUGUGGAAAUUGAAGGUGCAGGAAAGUUAAAGAUGCCGCACAUCAAAAUGCCCAAUGUUGACAUCAGCCUUCCAAGAAUGAAAACCAAAGAGGGUAAUAUCCCAGAUGUGGAAAUACACUCAGGGGACAAAGGAGCAAAAUUCACAAUGCCCCAUCUCACUAUGCCUUCAUUUGAUAUUUCACUGCCAAAAGUAAAGACCGAAGCCCCAGAAGUUGAAGUGGAGGGGAUUGCAGAGGGAAAGAUAAAAAAGCCCACUAUUGACGUGUCUCUUCCUACAGGAAAAUUCAAAGGCCCUGAGGCACCUGAAUUAGAAAUGGCUGGAAAAGGAGAAGGAAAACUCAAGAUGCCACACAUGAGAAUACCAGAUGUUGAUAUCUCUCUACCGAAGGGAAAGAUUGAAGGUCCAGUGCUGGAGACCAAAGGCAAAGGGGGAAAAUUCAAGCUGCCCCAUGCCAGCAUACCCACUGUUGAUAUUUCACUUCCCGAAGGAACUGUUGAUAGUCCAGAUGUUGAAAUAGAAGGAAGUUCUGGGGGGAAAUUCAAACUGCCUCAUUGGAAAAUGCCAGAUUUUGAUGUAUCUCUGCCCAAAGGACAUCUUAAAGGUCCAGAGGCGGAGAUCAAAGGAGAAAAAGGUACAUUUAAAAUGCCAAACAUCAGCAUUUCACUGCCCAAAGGAAGGUUUGAAGGUCCAGAUGUUGCAACAGAAGGAGAUGUAGGAGGGAAAUUCAAAACACCAUACAAGAAAAUGCCUUCAGCUGACAUUUCACUGCCCAAAGGAAAGAUUGAAGGUCCAGAUGUUGAGAUGAAAGAAAAUAUGGGAGGAAGAUUCAAAAUGCCCCAUGUGAAAUUGCCAAAUGUUGACUUUACAUUGCCUACAAGAAAAGAUGGCCCAGAGUUGGAGACUAAAGGGGAAGGUGGGAAAUUUAAGAUGCCACACGUAACUCUGCCUUCAGUUGAUAUUUCAUUACCUAAAGCAAAACUUGAAGGUCCAGACUUAGAGACAGAAACAGGUGCAGAAGGGAAACUCAAAAUGCCUAAUAUUAAAAUGCCAAAUGUUGAUCUCUCUCUACCCAAAGGAAAAUCUUACAAAAUUGAAGGAGCAGAGGUGGAGAUUGAAGGACAAGACAAAACUGGAAAACUGAGAAUGCCACAUAUGACAUUGCCUUCAAUAGAUGUUUCACUACCAAAGGUUCGGGCAGAAGGUCCUAAUCUUGAUUUUAAGGGUGAGGAAGGAAGGUUUAAGAUGCCAAAAGUUGGCAUAUCUUUACCUAAAGGAAAAGCUUCAGUUGAAGGUACGGAGGUGGAUUUAAACAGAGAUGUAGGACAAAUCAAGAUGCCAAAUGUAGAUAUAACUAUUCCUAAAGGAAAUGCACAUAUUGAAACACCAGCAGGGGAAAUAGAGGUACAAGGAGGAAACAUCAAACCUCCACAUAUCAAAAUACCAAAAGUUAAUAUUUCCCUCCCUAAAGGUAAUACCAAAGAUACUGGACUACCUGCUCCAAAGGUGGAAGUCUCAGGUCCAAAUGAUAAUCUUCCCAAGGGAGAAAUAGUGGUGCCAAAUGCAGAUUUUAACUUACCAAAGAAAGAAGUCGGCUUGCAUGUUGAGGGAGAUCACAAACCUCAUAAACUCAAAAUGCCAACAAUAGAUAUCAAAGGCCCAAAAGGAGAUCUAGAGCUUGACAUAGGACUUCACAGAGAAGAGGGCAAGAAGGACAAGAAAAGAGUUGAACUACCCGACUUGGACCUAAGCACAGCAGGAACUAGUGGCAAUGUAAAGGGACCCAAAGUCAAAGGAACAAAAUUUAAGGUUGGAAAGCAAAAAAAGAAGUCUGGUGGAGAUGUAUCAGGAGAAGAAAAGCCAUCUGUCGAUGAGGAAUUAAGCAUCCAAGUCAAGCAAAAUGGACAUACAGAAGGCAAAGAUCACAUUAACGUCCCAACAGUAGAAGUGUCAGUGCCAAGUGUUAGUGUGAAACCAGAAACAGGGGGGAGGGGAGAUCACUCUAAUUCCAGUGCAGAAAUCAAAGUCCCUAGGAUACCAGACAUAGAGUUUGACAUUGGUUCAUUGCAAGAUGAUGGCACAGAAAAGGGAAACAAAGUAAAAAUCCCUAAAUUUGGUGUACCAUUACCCUCCAUCGCUUCUCCUGAGAGAAGGAUGGAUAUCUACGGGCAAGAAGUCCAAUAUCAAGGCCCUAAAAUGCCCAAAGUAAAGAAAGCUGUAUUUGUCUUGGCGAAUCCUCCUGAAGCAAAUGAGCCCACUGGAAGCACCAGCCUCCAGAAAGAGGAUGCAAUAGGUGAGGCAGAGAAAGAAGAAAUCAAAGUGAAGAUGCCCAAAAUCAAAAUGAAGCCAAGUUUUGGUAAGUCCAAAGGUAAAUCAGCCACAGCAAGUCCAGAAAGAGGAGAAGAAGAGAGGUCACAGGGAGGAAAGAUAAAAAUGCCAGACGUUUCAUUUUCCUCCAGUAAAUCAGGGUCAUUGGAUGUUGCUCUUAAGGGAGACAGUUCAAGUGUCAAUGGAGAAAAAGAGGCAAGUCUUCACAAGGGCUCCAAGGAUGAUAAAGGGACAUUUGGUGGUAAAAUCAAACUUCCAAAGGUGGAGUUCACAAGUCCAUAUGGCAAAAUGGUUGCAGGGCAGGAGGGCACAGAAAGAAGUGUGAAAACAGGAAAGGAUUCAUCUCCAAGAGAAAUAAGGGGGGAUGCCAAAGGGUUUAAAAUGGAAGUUACAUCACAGUCGUCAAAAGAGGUGGUGUCAUCUCAAGCCAGAACAGAAAUGUUGGACAGGGACAGCUCUGAAUCUCCCAGUGGAUUCAGCACCGAGUACAGCUCGACAAGGGUUCAGAUGUGGAGUGAAAUGGAGAGCAAAAGGGACGAUGAGGGAAAAGAAUCGUCCAAAUGGUUCAAGGUCCCAAAGAUCACUCUGAAGCCACACUCCUCAGCCAGGACAGGUUUCCUUCAGAUAACCCCAGAGGCUUCGCCUCAGGCCCAGCGGCGGGGCGAGAUAGGAGGUGAGGUUGAUGUCUCGGGGUCUUUCUGCCUCCACACCUCAGAGCACAACUUCGCCACCCAACAAACAUCUGAAGAGCACCAAGUCUCUUCCACGGAGGAGGGAACUGUUACCAUGGUGACCAAAACCACCAGAAUCACCCGGCAACUGGUUACAAGUGAAAUGCGAGCAGGAGAAUCCUCAACAACCACAACCACAACCCACCAGGUGUCAGACUUCAACCACUGAGAAUGCUGUACUGAUAUCUUAAAAGUCUGUUAAUGUCUUUAUUGUUGUUGUUGUUGUUUUUUUCUUAUCUUUAAAUUCUGGUGAGGUUGCAGUGUUUAUUUAAGCACAGCCUGCAAUGUGUUAACCUCUGUUAAGUAAAAGUUUUUUACUUAUUUUAAUAGGUCAUGUUUGAAUGUAAUCAAAUAUAGUUUGAUUUUUGUCAGCCAGCAUGAUUGUUAUUGCAGCAAAAGAGUAAUAUAUAUUUCCCUAUUUUCAUUUUAGCUGUUACUGUUUUGUUACUGUUUUUUUAGUUGUGUUUUUUUUUUUGGUUUAAUCUUUAUUAUUUAUCCAGUUUCGUUUGCUUUAAGAGUUUUACUCUGGAUGUGAACAUGUCAGGUUAUUCGGUUAUUUAUUGUUGUUUGUGGAUUCAGAAUGGGCCAUAAUUAGCCAGUUAUUCACAUCACCAUAAUGGAUUAAACCCUUUGUUUUAUGAGUACUUCUAAAUAAUUAAUUUUGUGCCACUAUAGUACAAGCCAGAGUAAUAUUUAUGUAAAUAUAUAGACAGUAUAUCAUACCUUCUUUUUUUUUAAGCAGCUUCCCUUCAGUCCAAAUGUAAUUAUUUUCAUAUUCACUAUAGUCUGGAGUUGAAAUAAUAUUUAUCAUCUGAUGACUUGUUUUUCUUGUGUAGAAGUAAAAAGUGUGAAUUUUAAGAGAUUAUAGGUUAUGUUCAUUUUCUGCCACAGAUUUUAUUGUAGACAUUUAGUUGGUGCUGUUUCCAGAAUAAAAGGUGAUUUAUGCUUCUACGCCGAACCAACGGCGGAGGUUGUGAUUGGUCCUCUUGGCAGCAUUGUAUUUCCUCCUACGCAUUUCCCGCUAUUACUUCUUCGAGCUGGAUAGGAAGAUAGAUUGCUGAAUUGUGAGUGAAAAUGACUGUUGUUCAACAUUUAUCAGCUUCAACUUACAUAAGAUGUGCUUUACUUGCACCGCUGCCAUGUAUAAACUACACGAAGGAGGUAAAUAAAUGGAACCUCAGGCUCAGCGUUGAGAAAAGAACCUGCACUGCACUAGUGUUUGGUGGUGGAAUUACAGCGCAACGCAACCAACGAUGGCCAACCACGACGCAGGUGCCGUUGCGUAGUCGCUUUGCAGAAGCAUAAAUCACACUUAAGUCACACUGAGUGAGCCGACACUCUGGACUCUUUUUCUGCUGUGGGGAUCAAACCUGCGACCUUCUGGUUGCAGGUUUCUCUCAGACAUGUUGGCCAACCUGCUGCUAAUACAUUUUAUAUUUACAUUUUUACUGUACACUGCCUGAAAAGUACACCCACUGUAUAUUUUGUGAAUGAUGCUUCGGCCUCAAGAUUCACCUGACUGCUGAUUUUUUGAAUCCUGACUGUGAACUUUAUUGACGUUUAAACACAUAGAGAGUGAGUUGGCAGGAAUUUGAGGGCUCUAAAUACGAAAUUCUGAGGACAUUUAAAGGUAUAACUGUAAAUCUUACACUUUCGUCCUAAAUUAUGCCAUUAUAAGGCUGCUGCAAUGAGACUAGAGAAGGAGUGGCGAGCCUUGAGCUUGUUCAAAAGCCAUUGUGUUACGAAAUAUGUCCUCUCUUGACAUAAGAGGGGAAAACAAUUCACAAUUUUUCCUUUAAUUAAAAUGCCUUUAGUAGUCUGAAUUUGUUCUCUUUAAUAUUUUAGUGCCUUUCACUCUUUUAUUUUAUUUUUCAAAAGCUGUGACCUCUAUUGAAGGUAUAAAUUGCUCUGGAUUUGAGGGACAAAAGCCUUGCACCAAAUUUCAUUUUUAUUUUAUUUUAUUUAUUUUACUAGGUUUGGUGUAUGGAAUGAAUUUGUGUGAUAUGCAUGAAAAAGUCCAGAAAAAAAACCACUAUCAGGUUUGCUUCAUUAACUAAGUUUAACACCAUAUACUGUACCUGUUUUGCAGGUGAGAAGUAGGUCUUUAAAAAGCUGUGGCAAGAAUAGUGACUUGUCAAAAUAACACACACUGAGUGGUAUCUACUGUAAGUGUAUAGAUAUUUUUACCUUUCUGGUUUAAAGUCUUUGAGUUUCUUUUUCAUUUUAAGGGUUUCAGUGCCAAGUGUUUUGUCAAAGCUGGAAAGAAUGUUGUUUUAAAAUGCUGCAGCAAUAAAAAAAAUUAUAUUCA